GGUUAUCCUUUAAAAGCUACUGAGCACCCAACACCAUAAAAGUUGACUCAACUUUGCUUGUUUUUCUGUACUUUCUUCAUUAUUGUUCCCACAACUCUGCUAUUAUUUCUUCUUCACUGUUUUUAAGUUCUUUCAAUCUCCGAGGUCUUGCAGAAGUAGUCAACCAGCCAGUCAAGGGACAUACAAUGGAGUAUGUAGAGCCUAUCUUUUGCAUUGCAAAUUGUAUCGGAACUCCAGUUUGUAAAUACUUGCAGUAUCACAGAAAGUUGAAUUAUUAUGUGAGAAACUUCAAGAUAAUCAGAGAUGAACUGGGUAGCCAAAUGGAAGACAUUGAGCUGCAAUUGAAAGCAGAGCUUCUUCAUCCUAUGGGAAAGAUACCAAAGAAAGGAGUUGAAAAUUGGUUAGCAAAAGUGAAAGUGAUGAUUAAGGAAGCACAAGAUGUUGAAAAUACAGUCACUAAUGGGAGAUAUGUCUGUCGUGCUUGGAAUGGAAAGUUGGUUGAUAAAAAGACUCGAGAAAUGAAGAAACUUCUUGACAAAGUUCCUAAUGCCUUGGGCAGUCUUGUCAUUGAUGGUCCAAGUGUUGGGUUGCCUUUGCCAACAUCAGAACUAGUUGGUGAGAAACCUGUGAAAGAUGAAAUUUGGCAAUGUUUAAUGCAGGAGGAGGUGAGUAAGAUUGGGGUAUGGGGGAUGGGCGGUGUGGGCAAAACAACCAUCAUGAAGCACAUCCACAAUGAUCUUUUGAAAGAACGGAUAUUCUAUAGGGUAAUUUGGCUUACUGUAUCAAAGGAGUUCAAUGUUGUAAAGCUACAAGAUAAUAUUGCAAGUGCAUUGAAUUUGAAGAAAGAUUUGGACAAGGCAGGAGACAAGCUCAAACGAGCUGCAUUCUUGUCAGAAAUGUUGAAGAAAGCUGGAAAACAUAUUCUAAUCCUGGAUGAUGUAUGGGAUAAAAUUUCUCUAGAGGAAGUUGGGAUCCCUGAGCCUACUAGCGGCAAUGGAUGCAAGAUGGUGUUGACAACUCGUUCAGAGCAAGUUUGUAAAUAUAUAGAUUGUAAGGUGAUAAAAGUGAAGCCCCUUUCGGAAGAAGAGGCAUUGAUAUUAUUCUUGAAUAAAGUUGGACCUAACAUAGUGCAGAGUCCAACUUUAAUGCCAACUUUGAGGCUAGUUGUCAAAGAAUGUGCUGGUCUACCUCUUACAAUUGUUGUAGUAGCUGGAACCCUGAAAGGAGAAAAUGAGCCUCGUAUUUGGAAAAAUGCACUCAAGGAAUUGAAAGAGAGAAUAGGGAAGGUGGAGGGAGCAGAAGCCGAAGUAAUUGAGCGUUUGAAAUUCAGUUUCGACCACUUGAAAGAUGACAAAGUGAAGUAUUGCUUUUUGUAUUGUGCAUUUUAUCCUGACGAUUUUAAAAUUCCAAAGAAUGAGCUAAUCGAGUGUUGGAUUGAUGAGGGAUUCAUAGAUGAAAUGGAUACAAGAGAAGAAAUGAAAGAUAAGGGCCAUGUUAUUAUGAAAAAGUUAGAAGAUAACUGCUUGUUGGAAAAAUGUAGUAAUCACCUCCAUUGGACGUGCGUGAAAAUGCAUGAUGCAGUGAGAGAUAUGGCAUUGUCCAUCACAAAUGUGAAUUCUCGAUAUAUGAUACAAGCAGGCAAGCAAUCAGAAAAGUUAUUGAAAAAGGAUGGAUGGAUGGCAGAUGUUGAGAAGGUGUCGCUUAUGAGAAAUUCCAUAUCACGGAUUCUCAAAGAUAGGUUGUCUCCACAACAUCAACUGCUCAAGACCUUGUUAUUGCAAGACAAUCCUAUAGAAAAGAUCCCAAAUUCUUUCUUUGCAAACAUGCCUUGUUUGAGUGUUCUUAAUUUGUCACGAACGAAGAUUGAGCGUUUACCAAAUUCCAUCUCCAAAUUAGAGAAUCUCACUACAUUAUUGCUUGAUGGUUGUCAAGCGUUAAGAUAUUUGCCUUGCCUUUCAAAGCUUCAAGGAUUGAAGAAGUUGAAUCUUUGUCAGACCAAAAUUGAGGAAGCCCCUGAAGGCAUGGAUAUGUUGAUAAAUCUAAGGUAUCUUGAUCUUUAUGUUGUCACAUUGAAAGAGAUAGCUAUUGGACUUUUACCAAAACUUUCUCGCCUUCAACACUUGAGGUUUGAUGAGGAUAAUGAAAAAACAAGCCUAAAAGCAGAGGAGGUUGUGCCAUUGGAGAAGUUGGAAUCCUUUUGCGGGCGUUUCAAAGACAUGCAUGAAUUGAAUAAGUUUGCCUCCUCAAUGCAGCAAUGUAAGAGCAAUCUUAUCAAGUACCGGUUACAGGUGGGGCCUUCAUGUUGGGAACAUGAAAGAGAUAAAUUUGUAUCAAUCAAUGAACUUGAAUUUUGCCAAGGUGAGUUUAUUAUGCUUCCAACUGAUAUUCAACAGUUGGAUAUUUCUGACUGCCAUGGAUUAGAGUUUCUUGUUUCCUCCUCUUUUUCCUAUUCUUGCUCUCAUCCAUUUCAUAGCCUCGAGCUAUUGCAUCUUCGCCAUUUGCCAGAGUUAAGUGAACUUAUAAAAGUUGAAGGAUUGAUUCUGUCUGCCACCUUUUCCCAUCUUAAAAGAGUUCUUAUAUGGCGCUGCAUGAGUAUGAAGACGUUGUUUGCACAUUGGUUGCUUCCCAACCUCCAAAACCUGGAAGAAAUCUGGGUGGAAGAUUGUGAUGAGCUAGUAGAAAUAUUGGGAACAUCAACAUUAGAAGAUGACCAGGAUGCAGAAAAAGGAAGCGAUGCAUUUAUCAAAUUCAACCUUCCUAAAUUGAGAAACUUGGAAUUGCAUGCAUUACCAGAAUUGAAGAGCAUCUGUAGUAGAAGUGGAGCAAUGAUUUGUGAUUCUCUCCAGGUUAUCAAUGUUAGUUGCUGUGAUAAAUUGAAGAGAAUUCCUCCAUUUGUUCCCCUUAUUGUCAAUGGUCAGCCAUAUGGAUAUGCUCCAACUUCGCUUAAGAUCACGUCAAGCACAUUUUGGUGGGAAUCGUUGGAAUGGGAUGAUCCAAAUUUUAAAAAUGUUCUUCAACCCCAUUGGCAUCCAUGGUAAUGAGUAAAUGGCAAUUUUUUUUUGUUAAAUUCUACUAUUAAUCCAUGUAUUUAGCAAAAAUUGUGGAUUUAAUUUCUGGACUUUUAUUUGAUUAAUUUUAAUCUUUAUACUUAUUGGUAAA